AUGGAAAAGGAGAGGAUGGAGGAGGCGCUGCAGCGGCAAUGGGAAGGCCUUACCCUUACAGAGCAGGAGAAUGACACAAUGAAAGUAGAGAGCGAGAUACUGGAACCACUUGUUGCGAAAGGGAAGAGAUGCCUACUCAUCCAAGUUAAUGCUGAUAGGGUAGUUAACAAGCAAGCCUUCAAAACAACUAUGUCGAAGGUCUGGAAAUCGGACGGGUGGAUUCAGUUUAAGGAGUUAGGGGAUAACAAGAUGCUGGUUGAGUUUCAGCAAGAAAGAGAUAAGGAGAAGGUCCUUCGUGGGCGAUCGUGGUCCUUCGAUAGGAACCUCGUGUGUCUGCAGGAGGUUGACGGGAAAUCGUCCUUGUGGGACGUAGUGUUCUCCACGGAGCUGUUCUGGGUCCAGGCACACGAAAUGCCUAUGGCAUGCAUGACCAGAGAUAUCGGGAAACAGCUUUUCUCCGGGAUGGAAAAGGUGAUGGAGGUCGAAACGGAUGAAACAGGUUGCGGAUGGGGUAGCUCGUUGAGAGCAAGAGUGGAAGUAAACAUUUCAAAGCCACUUAUCCGAGGAAGGUUCCUGGAGAUCGAAGGGGAGAACCACUGGAUCCCAUUUAAGUACAAGAGGUUACCAAUGUUCUGUUACGAGUGUGGUGCUAUCAAACAUACAAGGUAG